AUGCUCGACUUUUGGCGCCACAGGAUCAAGAACCUGGCUCUCCUGGUCCUCAGCCUCGUCUUCCUGCCCAUCGACACCCUCGUCAUCUUAUGCAUUGAUGUCUACUCCCGCCUCCUCGGCAGGAAGCCAUCCCACAAUGGCGCCCGCGGCAAAAAGACCGUCCUGGUGACCGGCGUCAGCAUGGCCAAGGGUCUCGCGCUCGCCAGGCACUUCCGUCGCGCAGGCCACCGGGUCAUUGGCGCCGACUUUCACGCCCUGUCGCAGGGCCGCGUCUCGUCCGCCAUUGACAAGUUCUACGCUCUGCCGUGGCCAGCAGCGGAGGAAAUGCCCGACGACGAGGACAUUGAGGAUGACGGGUAUGCCCUGGCGCUGCUCAAGAUUGUGCGCGAGAACAAGGUCGACAUUUGGGUGUCCAACUCGGACGUCAGCGCGGCGAUCCAGGAUGGUCUGGCCAGGGACAUGAUUGAAUCGCAGACGAGUGCCAAGGCCAUCCAGCUCAGCGCCCGGCACGUUCGUCUGCUGCACGAAAAGGACUCGUUCAUGACGCUCUGCCACAAGCUGGGCCUGCCCAUUCCCGACACGCAGAUCGUCUCGAGCCGGUCGGAUAUCAUUGAGUUCUUUGCCAACCGAGGCGGCCUCAAGCUCACGCCGGACGCCUCGACGCGCUAUCUCAUCAAACCCAUCGGCGUCAACGACAUUGCGCGCUUCGACAUGCCGCUUCUGCCUCUGGAAUCGGAGGAGGAGACGCUGCGCAGACUGGACAGCAUCCCGCUUGGCAGCGGCAAGUUUAUCGUGCAAGAGUUCAUCCAGGGCUUCGAGUUUUGCACGCACGCCCUCGUCGUCCGUGGCAAGGUGCGCGCCUUCGUGUCGUGCCCCUCAUCCGAGCUCCUGAUGCAUUACAAGGCUAUGGACCCCGACACGCCCCUGAGCAACGCCAUGCUGGAGUUCACCGAGAAGCUGGCCGCCUCGCUCGGCGAGACGUUCACCGGCCAUGCCAGUUUCGACUUUCUGGUCAAGGCCGGCGAGGACAAGGGCGAGGUCGUCGUCUACCCCAUUGAAUGCAACCCCCGCGUGCACACGGCCGUCGUCCUCUUCAACGACACGCCCGAGCUCGUGGCCGAGUACCUCUCCGUCCUCCACGACACGCCGAGCAGGGGACCGCCCAUUGUACCACGCCACCCGCACAAGUACUACUGGCUCGGCCAGGAGACCGUCGAGCGCCUCCUGUACCCCCUGUACCGCGACUUCCCGGCCCUCCCGCACAAGACGCCCGAGUUUCGGAGCUUUGUCGAGCACGUCCAGCACUGGAAGGACGGCACCUUUGAGACCUGGGACCCGUGGCCGUGGUGGUGGCUGUAUCACGUCUACUGGCCCGUGCAGUUUGCGCGUUAUCUCGUCUGGGGCCGCUGGCACAAGGUCAACGUCAGCACGGGAAAGGCCUUUCAGGCCAAGUGA